GUAGUGUUGUGCCAGUUUGAAUGUUUUGGAGCAUUUUUUAGAAAUGUCUUGUGAAUGUUAAUAACGAAAGUGCAGUGUUAUUAAAGAUUUACUAGGACAUCUUGUUGAAAAAAUCAAGUGACAAGUAUUUGAAGCUGAGUGUUGUUUCAAAAAAUCAUGGCAGAAAUUGUGUUUACAAUUCCAACAGAUCGAGCAGAGCUGCUAAGUGAAGUUCACAGCAACUAUACAGUGAAAAAUGUUGUGAUUCCUGCGGAAAUAAUCGACAAAUUGGAAGAAGCCCAUAUGUGUUUACGCGAGGAAGGUCCUAAUUUCAUAUUGGAAAACUUUGAUACCUACUACUCCAUUUUACACCAUGCUGAUAAACUAAGACCUGACGUACUUCACAAGGCGUACAAUAACUUACAAAAAGCAACCGCAGAUCUAAAUAACACAAUACUUUUUCUACUUGACGACAAAGACAACCUAACCGACGAAAUUAAAGCAAAAAUGGUUAACGUUUUGAAAAUGCUGGUUUACAUAUACAUACAAUUUAUAAUAUAUUUAGAAGAUCAAAAGAAAAAAAACCAAGACGAUCUUGUGGGCAGAGAUAAGAAUAAAGAUAAUAAAAAGAGCAACAAUUUUACCGUUGAUAAAUCAAAAGCACUUGCAGCGAUUAGUAGUAUAAUCCAAAGAGAAAUCAAUUUGUUUUGGGAUCCCCCGAUAGUGGAACAUGACUUCGUGGGUCUCAUAGCAGAGCUGUGUUUCGUGCUAUUACAAAAUCCAUCGAUUAAACAAGAAAAAGCCGUAAUAAUGGAGAUCUUCGGCGUGUUUGGUAAUUUGGUGAAAAUAUACGAAUACGGCAAAACAUUUGUCACCCGCCUGAUUCGCACGAUUCGAAUGUACGAACACGUUGUCCACUGUGUGGCGGAGGGGAUUACGAUGAUAGUAAAUCAGUUCAACUGCCAGAGUUUGAUUCAUCAUUUCGUCAAAGAAGCCACGGAAUGGCAAGUUGACGAAACAUUCCAAGACGCUCUAGGCACUCGCUGUUGCUCGCUGUUCCUAACAGAGCUAGCUGUAGCAAUUCCAGAUCUCAUACUUCCUGAAGUGAUGUAUCUCAACAAAUAUUUGGCUCAUGAGUCUACGGCAUUGCGUAUUGCCGUUUUAAACGUCAUGUAUGAAAUUGUUUUAAAAGUUUUAACUAAGCAUGAUCUUACGGAAGAACAGAAGGAACUGCGGGAUGAAUUUUUUGAAGUGAUAAUUGAACACGUUCGUGAUGUUUCGGCUCCUGUCAGAGUCAAAGUUAUUCAAAAUCUGAGUAAAUUACAAAAGGAGAACGCGAUACCACUGACUUUUCAGAAUGAGAUUUUGAGUGAAAUUAUUAAACAUUUGAAGGAUAAAGCUGCCAAUGUUAGAAAGAGUGCAAUCAAUUGCGUCACUACGUUUUUGGAACAUAAUCCCUAUGGAGCCAAUCUUCAACUAAAACAAGCCGAAUUGCAACUAGCAGAAAAAAAACAGCUGUUGGAGAAAAUGGAAUCCAGUUAUAAAGAAGCACAGCUUGCCAAAAUCGAACAACUUGAAAACAAAUGGAAAUCGAAUAUCGAAGAAGAUUUAAAAGAAAUCAUUCAGAAACAGUUAGACAAAGGUGAUGAAGAACAAGAAGAGACUGAGGUUCCUCAAGAACUUGAUAAUGACCAAACUGUUGAGCAAAUUCGGAUUUAUUUGAACGAGAAAAAAUACCUAGAAGCGUUUACAUUGUGCAGAAACUUAAAAGAUAGCACUGAAGAAUUUAAAAAUAUGAGGAAACUUGCUGAGGAUCACGAAGUCACUGUAUACAUGACAAUUUUACAUUCCAUCUUUAUAAAUAGCGUAAAAAUUGUCGAAGAGCUUAGAACAGGAGCUGGAAUGACAGCCGAAGACAUUAAAAAAAUCGAAGCUCUGGAAAACAUAAUUAAAUAUUUCGAAAAUACAACGGUGUUUUUAAAAGUAAUCGAAAAUGCUGUCAAACCAAUGAAGUCUUUGCUGUUUUCACAAAGUAUGAGUGAUACGAAUGAAGCAAUCCAGUUUUUCGUUACGGCGUAUCAGUUUCAAAUCGAUAACGCGACUGAAGGUGUUUUAGAGAUGCUGAAAAUCAUGAGAUGCAGCGAACAGGAGCGUCAAACUGCUGUCGUCGAAGCUUUCAAAGCAAUAUAUUUGACAACGGAUACCAGGAGUAUGGCCGAACACACUUCAACCAUCGUAAACCGUUUAUUGUCACUCUUGAAAGACCUCAGUUACGAAAAUUUGGACGAUUUUCAAAGUAUAGUAACAGAGUGGACAUCAAAAGGCAUCUUAGAUAACAGCGUUAUUGACAAAUGCUGGCAGUACUACACCCAACGUGAUCAGGUGUCGAAUGAUGACGCCCGGGCGGCUGCUGAAAUACUACGAAUGGCAGCGAUAGGUAGAUACACCAUCAUCACGAAAAACAUCAACGUCGUUUCUAAAAUCAUAUUUUCUGAACAACACAAAAAUGACAUGCUGUUCUUGGCUAGUUCCUGUCGAUUAUUGUCUGUAGCGGGAUUAGAAAAAAUUGAUGUCCAAAGCGAAAAUCCCCCCUUCAGAAUCAAACACACGGAUCCAAUUUUUCAAAAUUUGGCUGACAUUUUAGUUGAAGGUUUCUUCCGGAAAGAUUCUUUUUACUCUGAGGCAAUGCAAGCUGGUCUUGACUUUAUUUUUAGAGUGUGUUCCAAGCCUAUGGAAAUCGCUGAGAAGAUGAUGCAACAAAUUAAUGAAAGGUUAAAGGACUUGCCCAGAGCGAUGUUUUUAAUUGUCAGACUGUGUGAGUUGUUGGGUUGUAUGGCGGUCAAACUUUUGGGUUAUUUGGAUAACAGUGUAUACAGAGAGUUGAAACGGCGGAACUAUUUGAGAGAGGAGCGGAAAAAAGAAAAUAAAAAUAAGAAGAACGGCAGAAAGUCGAAAAAGGCGAGAAAAAGUAUACUUGAAACGAGCGUUCUGAGUGAAAGUAGUGUGAACGAGACCGUUUUAAUGGGGGCAGAAGCAGAAGACACCGACGCUGAAUUCAUUUUAACCGUUUUAGAAAACGAUGUCGUUUCGACAAAAGGUGUUCUGGGACAAUACAGCCCACUUAUUUUAGAGAUAUGUCAAAAACCAAAUAUUUUCACCGACUUGCUGGUGCAACAGGCUGCAGUGACAGCUAUGAUGAGGUACAUGUUAGUGUCAAGCAAGUUCUCUCGUGAAAACAUCAGACUGUUGUUCACGAUACUGGAAAAAACCGCCUAUCCUGAAAUUAAGUGCACAAUUUUGGUCCAUUGUUCCGAUUUGUUGACGAGGUUUCCAAAUAUUGUGGAACCCUGGAGUGACCACAUUUACAAGAUGCUGAAGGAUGCGCUGGUCGAAGUCCGCAAAACGGCGUUCUUCUCUUUGGCGAAUUUGAUUUUAAGGUCUAUGAUCCGGGCGCAUAGCCAUAUCUCUGAAAUGGCAGCUUGCUUAAUAGAUCAGAACCAAGAGGUGAGCGAAAUGGCGAAGAACUUUUUUGAGCGAAUGGCACAGAAAGAAAAUAAUCUUGUGAACGUCAUCCCGGAUAUUUUUACUCACUUGGUUCGAGUAGACGAAGUAACGGAAGAAGAACUCAGAUACAUUUUGAAGUUUUUGUUUGAUCUGGUUGAUACCUCCAAAAGAUUGGAAAAUUUAGUGGAUAGAUUUUGUUGUAAAUACACCCCAGACGAAAAUAUGCGGCUUAACAGAAAUAUCACUUACAGCUUGUCAUUGAUAAAUUACAACGAUAAAGCUUUGAGAAAAUUACGCGAAAAAUUUCCGAUGUACCAACACCAUUUACACGAUGCUGAAAUAUAUUCUACUUUUAAGCAGAUUCUGACAGAAUGCAGCAAAACAAAAGUCGGCAAAACCGAUUUGAAGCCUAUUGUUGCUGAAAUCGAAACUUGUAUAGCAUCAGUUUUUGAAGUAAACGAAGAUGGACAACCAAGUAGACCUCCACCAGUUUUAAAGUCUGCGAAGAAAGGGAAAGGUAGACCAAAAAAGAAAAGUGCAAAGAAGCAAGAAAGCGAUAGCGACGAAGAUUCCGACGAAGGUAAAGCCAAAGGCAGAGGCAGAAAAAGAGGUGGAAAAAAACAGGUAACUGAUAGUGAAGAUGAAGAUUCAGAUGAGGGAAAAGCCAAAGGCAGACAUAGAAAGAAAAAUGCAAAAAAGCAAAUAAGUGAUAGUGAAGAUAAUGAUUCUGAUGAAGGUACAUCCUCAAAAACCAAGAAACGGACGCACUCUGCGAGAAGGGGUAGUAAAAGUUAAGGUUUUUUGAAAAUGUAUUUUAUAACUUUGUACUUUAAAAUGCCAAAAAAAAAAAAAUACAAGUUUCUGCGUUGUAAUUA